AUGGCUUCUACAGAAUUACCUUUAAAAAGAACUAUUGAUGAUGUGUUGGAAGACGAGUUAUACCAUUGGAAUUGGAAUAAUUUGCAUUCUGCUUCUGAUCCCAUCUAUUAUAAUAAGUUAACCCUUCCCUCAAACAAUACUGGUAACUCUAGCAUCUCUAGUAACAAUUACACUCUUUCUAACGACAUGAUCAAUAAUAAUAAUAAUACUGAUGACUUACUUGAUAGAAAUAAUUCCAAUGAAAUUCAACAUAUUAUCGAAGUUCCUUGGAAUGAUGAUUAUUAUAAUCAUUAUACAACCACUAAUACCUCUAAUACCAAUGGCUUUAGCUAUGAAUCUGGAGGAAUAAUCACUGAUAAGGUCCAACAUAUCUUUAAACAAUUCUCUGAUCCUACUUUAACUACUCAAUCCAUCAAUUCCUUUAUAAAGAGAAAUGAAUCAACUUGUUCAUUAUCACAUUCUCGCUCUACAACUAAUAAUACCCAAUACAGUUCAACAUCGUCCAAUAAUAAUCGUUCCGCCAAUAACAAUAAUAAACUUGCAACUCAAUUAUUAUCUUCCCAAACUUCACAACCAAUAAGUAAUUCAUCGUCGAUAGAUAGUACUACAGCUUCUGAGUUAGGUAUAGACGUUAAAAAUAUUAUGAAAUUUAAUGGUUCUUUGGAAAGAAAGAUUAGUCAUAAGAACGCUAAGAACAAUAAUAGCAAUAAUGACAGAAAAGUCUUGGCUACUCUACCUACUAAUAUAACACCAACUUCUAUAUCGACUUCAAAUGAGUUUACUACUAAUAUUAAAAAUUUAAAUUUGGCUACCAUAUCAAAUAAUGAAAGACAUUCAUCAAGCAUGCUAAAUUUACCAAAAAAAUCAUUAGUAGCUGAUUAUUCUUUGUCAUCUUCAACUUUAUCACCUACGCCAUUAUCACCUACACCAUCAUCAACUGAUUUAAUUGAUAGUUCAAUUUCCAUAAUAAGAAAUGAUUCUACAAAUAGUCUCUUAAAUAAUUCAGAUAGUCAAUUUGAUCUUGAUUUAAAUUUAAGUUUAAAUGAUGAUGCAAAUAAUGACAAUAUACUACUAGAUUUAAAUCAAAAUCUUUUUGAUGAUAAUACUAAUGAAUUGUUAUUAUCUAGAGAUUUGAUUUCAAGUAACAUUAUUAAUUCCGAUUCUCUAAAUAUUGAUCAUAUGGAUAUAGAUUCAGACGUCACAACUGGUAUCAUAGAUUCAACAACUAGAGAUUCUAAUUCAUCUAAUACAAUACUCUCUCCAGAUUUGGACGAUAUCGACUCCUUAGAUGUCGACAUAUAUCCAAUCUCCAAUAAAGUAAGCUCGUUAAAUCUUUUAAAUACAGCAGAAUCUUUGACAACAUUAGAAGAUUCUUCUUCAUUUAAAUCCAAUAGCAUUAAACCCAUUAAGAAUAAAUAUAAAAAAUCUACUAAAUCUUUAAAGUCUACUAAAUUGAAUAAAUCUGUUAAAUUAGCAAAGGCAAAUAAUUCUAUGAAGAGACAAAAUCAAACAAAUCAAGCAAUUAAUAAUCAUACCCACCACCAUCAUCAUCAUAUCCAUGACAAUAACGCAUCUUUAAAGCCAGAAUCAAAAGAUAAUAAAGAAGCUUCAUCCAAUUCUAAAUCAUCACCUUCAAAUAAUAAAGAUGCUACCAAUACAAAUAAGUCCUCUGAGAGUUUAUUACCUGAAUUAUUUGUUUGCAAAAUUAUUAAUCCAAUCACAAAAAUUCCUUGCUCUGCUCAAUUUUCAAGACCUUAUGAUUUGACAAGACAUAAGAAUACAAUUCAUGCAGAAAAUAAAAUCGUGUUCCAUUGUUUAGAAUGUGUUAAAACAUUAGGUGAUCAGGGCUAUCAAAAGACAUUUUCAAGAUUAGAUGCAUUGUCAAGACAUAUCAAAUCCAAGCAUGAAUCAUUAUCAUUACAAGAAAGAAAAGAAAUUACAAAUUUUGCCAAGAAAAAUUUAACUUAUAUUACUGCCUAG